CUUUGCUAUUUCAGAAUUAAAUCUUAAUUAAAUAUAAACAAUGUCGCACGGUAAUACAUUAAGGAUACAGAAAAAUUAUUAGAAAUAAAAUAUAAUUAAACAUUUAGGAAUAAAAACAGAAUUGGUGUAGUAACUGGUUAGGACUCUGAGCGUCGCUGUUCACCAAAGUGGGAAAGAAGCUGCUGCUGAUGCGACCGGACUCUGCUCCUCCCGCGCUAAACACACACAGAUCAGACAAGCUGCUGAGAAAAUUAGCCCAUCCGCGCCCCUCUUCCAUUUCAACCAGGAAAUGUGUGCCCCUUCGCUUUAAAGAAAUAAGGAAACAGCAGGCUGGAACCAGAACUAAGAGAAUACUGGUCGGAGAGAAGGCAAUGGCGGAACCACUGAGGGGUUGGGUCUGCAGAGAGCUGCUCCCGCUCUUCGUGCUCAUGGGGACACUGUGGGGAGCCGGGGCCGGGCAGAUCCGCUAUUCAGUGCCAGAGGAGCUGGACAAAGGCUCUUUCGUGGGCAACAUCGCCAAGGAUCUGGGGCUGGAGCCCCGGCAGUUGGCGGAGCACGGAGUCCGCAUCGUCUCCAGAGGAAGGACAAAGCUUUUCGCUCUAAACCCCGGAAGCGGCAGCUUGGUCACCGCGGACAGGAUAGACCGGGAGGAGCUCUGCGCUCAGAGCGCGCGGUGCCUGGUGAGUUUUAACAUCUUGGUUGAGAAUAAAAUGAAAAUUUAUGAAGUGCAAGUAGAAAUAAUCGAUAUUAAUGAUAACUUCCCGCGUUUCCGGGAUGAGGAAGUAAAAGUAAAAGUUAAUGAAAAUGCGGCUAGGGGAACUCGGUUAGUGCUUCCCUUCGCUCGAGAUGCGGAUGUGGGUGUGAAUUCCCUCCAGAGUUACCAGCUCAGCUCCAAUAUGCACUUCUCUCUGGAUGAGAAAAACGGAACCGAUGGACAAAAAUACCCGGAGCUGGUACUGGAACGGCCCUUAGACCGCGAGAAAGUUGCUGUUCACGACCUCCUCCUCACAGCUUUAGACGGCGGAGACCCCAUACUCUCUGGUACUACACACAUCCGCAUCAUGGUCCUUGACGCAAACGAUAACGCGCCCCUGUUCACGCAAUCGGAGUACAGAGUGAGUGUUCCAGAGAACAUACCUGUGGGCACUCGGCUGCUCACACUAACCGCCACGGAUCCAGAUGAGGGAAUAAACGGGAAACUGACCUACUCUUUUCGCAAUGAAGAAGACAAAAUUUCAGAGACUUUCCAACUUGAUUCCAACCUGGGUGAAAUCUCAACUGUGCAAUCACUGGAUUAUGAAGAAUUCAGAUUCUAUGUCAUGGAAGUGGUAGCUCAGGAUGGAGGUGCUCUUCUUGCCAGCGCUAAGGUGCUGGUCACAGUACAGGACGUGAAUGACAAUGUCCCGGAGGUGAUCCUCACUUCUCUCACCAGUUCCGUCCCUGAAGACUGUCUUCCUGGAACCGUAAUUGCGCUGUUUAGUGUACAUGAUGGCGAUUCUGGAGAGAAUGGAGAGAUUGCAUGUUCUAUUCCCAGGAACUUACCCUUUAAAUUGGAAAAGUCAGUUGGUAAUUACUAUCAUUUAUUGACAACGAGAGCCCUGGACAGAGAAGGGAUCUCAGAUUAUAACAUCACAGUAACUGUCAUUGACCGUGGAAACCCACCACUGUCUACAGAAAACCACAUCUCCCUGAAAGUGGCAGACAUCAAUGACAACCCUCCUAUCUUCCCUCAAACCCGCUACUCCACCUACAUCCCAGAAAACAACCCCAGAGGCAUCUCCAUCUUCUCUGUAACUGCCCAUGAUCCCGACAGUGGCAGCAAUGCCCAGGUCACCUACUCUCUGGCCAAGGACACAUUUCAGGAAAUGCCUUUGUCCUCCUAUGUUUCCAUCAACUCUGACACUGGUGUCCUCUAUGCACUGGGCUCUUUCGACUAUGAGCAGGUUGGAGACCUCCAGCUGUGGGUGAUUGCCAGUGACAGCGGAGACCCUCCACUUAGCAGCAAUGUGUCACUGAGCAUAUUUGUGCUAGACCAGAAUGACAACGUGCCGGAGAUCCUGUACCCCUCGCUCCCCACUGAUGGUUCCACAGGCGUGGAGCUGGCACCUCGCUCUGCAGAGCCUGGCUACCUAGUGACCAAGGUGGUAGCAGUGGACAGAGACUCAGGCCAGAAUGCCUGGCUGUCCUACCGCCUGCUCAAGGCCAGUGAGCCAGGGCUCUUCACGGUGGGGCUGCACACCGGUGAGGUACGCACAGCGCGGGCCCUUCUGGACAGAGAUGCACUCAAGCAGAGCCUGGUGGUAGCAGUCCAGGACCAUGGCCAGCCCCCUCUCUCAGCCACCGUCACGCUUACUGUCGCCAUUGCUGACAACAUCCCAGAUGUCCUCGCGGACCUGGGAAGCCUGGAGCCCUCAGCCAAUCCUGACAACUCCAGCCUCACCCUGUACUUGGUGGUGGCGGUGGCUGCUGUCUCCUGCGUCUUCCUCGCCUUUGUCAUCGUGCUGCUGGCGCUCAGACUGCGGCGCUGGCACAGGUCCCGCUUGCUCCAGGCUUCAGGAGGCGGGUUGGUGGGCGUGCCCGCCUCGCACUUUUUGGGCGUGGACGGGGUGCGCGCUUUCCUGCAGACCUAUUCCCACGAGGUCUCCCUCACUGCGGACUCGCGGAAGAGUCACCUGAUCUUCCCCCAGCCCAACUACGCGGACAUGCUCAUUAGCGAAGAGAGUUGUGAGAAAAGUGAGCCUCUUCUGAUACCUGAGAAGAUAAAUGCAAAUGAAGAAGAACUAGGCAUUGUUCAGGUGAGUUUUCUUUUUCAAUAA